CCUCCCACUCCCCGGGGACACAGCCGCUUCUCUCCCUCAUUCCGCACAGUCAGACCGGGAUGUGAUGUUGCAGCGGCACCGGCUCCUUCUCUGACACUCGGGAGAUGUACGGGAUCUUUUGCUGCUGUGGGGCGCUACGGCCUCGUUACAAGAGACUGAUUGAUAACAUUUUUCCAGAAGAUUGCGAGGAUGGUCUAGUGAAAGCAAACAUGGAGAAGCUGACCUUCUACGCUCUCUCGGCACCAGAGAAAUUGGAUCGGAUCGGUGCCUACCUCUCCGAGCGGCUGAGCAGGGACGUGGCCAGACAUCGUUACAGCUAUGUCUGUAUUGCUAUGGAAGCGCUGGACCAGCUUCUCAUGGCCUGCCACUGCCAGAGCAUCAACCUGUUUGUGGAAAGCUUUCUGAAGAUGGUGGCCAAGCUCUUGGAAUCAGAAAAGCCAAAUCUCCAGAUCUUGGGGACAAACUCAUUUGUAAAGUUUGCCAAUAUAGAGGAGGACACGCCAUCGUACCACCGCAGCUACGACUUCUUCGUCUCACGUUUCAGCGAGAUGUGCCACUCAAGCCACGACGACCUGGAGAUCAGGACAAAGAUUCGCAUGGCAGGGAUCAAAGGCUUGCAGGGAGUCGUGAGGAAAACUGUGAAUGAUGAACUUCAGGCCAAUAUCUGGGAGACCCAACACAUGGACAAGAUUGUGCCAUCUCUGCUGUACAACCUCCAGCAAGUGGAAGAGACAGAAAGCCGAUCACCGUCUCCACUUCAGACUAGUGAGAAAGAAAAGGAGAAUCCAGCAGAACUAGCAGAGAGGUGCCUCCGGGAGUUACUGGGGAGAGCGGCCUAUGGGAACAUCAAGAACGCCAUCAAGCCUCUCCUAAUGCAUUUGGAUAACCAUUCUCUGUGGGAGCCCAAGGUGUUCGCCAUCCGAUGCUUUAAGAUCAUCAUGUUCUCUAUACAGCCCCAGCACUCCCAUCUGGUAAUCCAGCAGCUCCUGGGCCACCUGGACACAAACAGUAAAAGUGCAGCGACGGUGAGAGCGGGGAUUGUGGAGGUUCUGUCGGAGGCGGCAGUUAUAGCUGCCAGCGGAUCUGUAGGUCCCACCGUAUUAGAAGUGUUUAACACCCUCCUCCGUCAGUUACGACUCAGUAUUGACUACGAGCUCACCGGCACCUACGACUCUGCCGUCAACAUCGGCACCAAAAUCAUCAAGGAGCACGAGGAGAGGAUGUUCCAAGAGGCUGUAAUCAAGACAAUAGGUUCCUUUGCCAGUACCCUGCCAAUCUACCAGCGAUCAGAAGUCAUGCUGUUUAUUAUGGGCAAAGUGCCGCUGCCCUCUCUGCACCACGCCAUGGACAUUGGCAAAGCCGGGGAAAACAGGAACCGGUUAACCCAGAUCAUGCUGCUGAAAUCCCUCCUCCAGGUGUCCAUGGGCUUCCAGUGUAACAACAUGCUGACUGCCCUGCCCAGCUCCUUCCUGGACCCACUACUCUCCUCCGCUCUCAUGGAAGAUGCUGAGAUCCGGCUCUUUGUCCUAGAAAUUCUCAUCUGCCUCAUAGACCGACAUGGGAACAGACACAAGAUCUCCAGCAUCAGCACAGAACCCGACAUUGCCGUGCUGAAGCUGAAGGUCGACAAGUGCUCUCGGCAGGACACACUCUUCAUGAAGAAGCAUGCUCAACAUCUGUACCGGCACAUCUACCUGAGCUGCAAUGAGCCGAGCAACGUACAGACUCAUUACGAGGCCCUUUAUUUUCUGCUGGUCAUUAUCAGCAUUGAGUUGGCCAAUGAGGACGUGGUGGUGGAUCUCAUCCGCUUGGUGUUGGCAGUGCAGGAGAUGGCUCUAAACAAUGAGGACAAUCUCCCUGCGUAUUGUCUAUCUGCCGUGCAUGCCCUCUGUGCCGCUUACCUCAGUCUGAUCAGCAACCUGACCACUGUACCCGCCUUCUGCCAGCACGUUCAUGAGGUGAUCGAAAUGCGACAGAAGGAAGCUCCGUAUUUACUCCCAGAAGAUAUAUUCACGGAAAAACCACGGUGGCCUAACAACAUGGAUUGCAUAGAAACACAAUUGCUGUUUCUCCAGAGCAAAAUCAGUGAAGUGCUGGGAGGAAGCGGGUAUAAUUCGGACAAGCUCAGCACCCCAUAUGUGCCCCAGCUAACAGAUGAGGAUCGCUUGUCAAAGAGAAAAAGUAUUGGUGAAACCAUCUCUCUGCAGGUUGAGGUGGAGUCCAGAAACAGCCCAGAGAAGGAGGAGAAAGCUCCUGCAGAAGAGAUCACAUUUGAGACACUGAAGAAAGCAAUUGUUGACAGCGUGGCCGUGGAAGAGCAGGAACAAGAGCGGAGGCGUCAGGUGGUGGAAAAGUUCCAGAAGGCUCCAUUUGAAGAAAUUGCAGCACAUUGUUGUGCCAGGGCAACGUUACUACAGAGUAAACUUAACCAAAUCUUUGAGCUGACGAUUCGGCCGCCCCCCAGCCCUUCUGGUACUAUUACGGCAGCGUAUGGACAGUCUCAAAAUCACUCCAUCCCUGUGUAUGAAAUGAAGUUCCCAGAUCUGUGCGUCUACUGACAGCUGGAGCCAACUGUCGACUAAGCACAAGGACUCUCCAUGUUUGUCAGCGGCAGUACCAGGCAACAGACACCCUAUACCUCUUCCCUUUACUUCUUCCACCCAAGCUGAAUCCCUCAGACUGUUCCCAGCACUUGAGAGACACGGCGGUUCUCUUUGUAUAGCACCCUUAUAUUUCUCCAAUGAGCCGUAGUGUUCAGUUUGAAAUACAGGUAUGGGACCUGUUAUCCAGAAUGCUCGGGACCUGGGUAUUUCCGGAUAACGGAUCUUUCUGUAAUUUGGAUCUUAUCAU